AUGCAGGUCCCCGGGCGACCUCCCGCGUCGGGCCCGCUCGCGAACCCCGGCGUCCGCGCGGUCGGCGGCGUCGUGGCCACGUUCGCGGGCGCGUUCGGAGGCCUCGCCGCGAUCACCGCGCUCGCCACGGGCGUCAGCCGCAAGAUCGUCGUGUCGAGGCUGCGCGCGAACGGGCAGGUGUGUUACCUGUGCGAGGGUCGCAAGUUCGUCACGUGCAGGACCUGCGCGGGGGACAAGGCGAUCGAGUGGCAGCCGCUGGCCAACCCGGGGAUGCGCAGGCUGUGCGCGUGCCCCACGUGCGGGGGGAAGACGGGGCUGCAGAAGUGCAACAACUGCGUCGGGCUGGGAUACGCGUAA